UCUGCGGUAAGUAAAAGUUCUCUUCAUUUUUUUUCGAACGAUUUUUGAAUGGUUUCGAAAAAGGACGAUCAGAGAAGGACGAGUCUAAUGAAGUAGGAGAUGCAGUUACAUUCGCCUGCAUCACGGAGCCACUCCAGACUGAAUUUUACCAUCACAUUUGAUCGAAAGGACUUCUUUACCAAUUUGCAAAAGAAUGGUAUACUGCAUCCGAAAAAAAUAUCUGUAUCGUUGCCUGUGGUUAUAGAACCCUUUCCAACGAUUGACUUAAAAUUAAUACCCACAUCAAUCAUGAGGGAACCACAUCACAAAGGAAAAACGUUUUCGAUUUCGUUGUUUGAUCGAAAUUUUCGGCAAUCAUUGCGUGAACUUGAUAAUGACAAUAUUUUUUCGGAACAAGCCAUUUCAAUGUUGUUCAAUGUUACAAAAAAUAUCGGGAAUAUGAAGUUGAUUUAAGAAAAUUUGGAUGAUUACUCUUGAGUUUCAUUUACAAACAUUAGAUUUUUUUUAUGAAAAAUAAAUUGGUCUUUAUAAUGGAAA